AUGUCCCUUCCAUCAUUCCAAGCCGCCGUGGUCGUGGAGAAGGUCGGGGGUCCAGAAGUCUUGGAACAUCGCACUGAUUACCCUGUACCUACCCCAGGAGAGGGGCAAGUACUGGUAAAGAAUACAGUGUCAGGUAUCAACUUCAUUGACACUUACUUCCGCACUGGUUUAUAUCCCUCUUCUAAGCCUGAAGUUCUGGGUCGUGAGGCUGCCGGAGCUAUUGUGGCUCUUGGACCCAACACGGACAAAUACCAACUAAAGGUUGGAGAUCGAGUUGUUUGGCUGGGACCAUCAGCCUAUGCCGAAUAUACCGCAGUUUCAGCAGCAAAGGCAAUCAAUAUUCCUCACGGUCUAUCUGAGGAAAUAGCUGCUGCUAGUUUCAUGAGCGGGCUGACUGCCAUCACGUUGACACAGGAAACCUACGAAGUACAAAAGGAUGAUUGGGUGCUCCUCCACGCCGCUGCUGGCGGUGUAGGCAUCUUACUGGCUCAAGUACUAAAAUAUCUUGGAGCAAAUAUUAUUGCAACUACUGGUGGAAAGGAAAAGGUGGCGCUUGUCAAGCGUCUAGGUAUAGACCAUGCCAUUGAUUACCGCAGCGAAGAAGGCAAAGACUGGGUUAAAUUGGUCAAAGAGAUCACCAACGGCAACGGAGUUGAUGUGGUCUUUGAUUCUGUUGGAAAGGACACAUGGGAAGGGGGUCUGGAGGUUAUUAAGAGGAAGGGCACAAUUGUGUGGUUUGGGAACUCUAGUGGUCCCGUUCCGCCUCUUCCUUUGCCUCGCCUUUCCGCGAAGUGCAUCAAAAUUGCCCGACCCUCAUUGCUUGGGUAUAUCGAGACGCGCGAGGAGUUGGAGUACUAUUGUAACCAACUCUUUCGCCUGUUGACCUCGGAGAAGGUCAAAGUGCAAAUCCAUAAUAUUUACCCACUGACCAAAGUGCGACAGGCACACCAGGAUCUCGAGGGACGGAAGACUACUGGCAAGCUUCUGCUCAACGUAUCAACAUAG